CUUCGAGAAGCGACGAAUAUGGUAUAUAUAGAGGUCUGUCAUUUACUAACCACCAGUGUCUUAUAACUUAGAAUUGGAAUUGUCCGUUAAUUACUCACGAAUUUCUUUAAGAUCUGUUUUAUACGAUACAAUUGCAUUCAUUCCUGCUUUUUUAAUUUAUUUGCCGCAUUGUUUAUUUGAUUUAAACGCUGCUGAAUUCCUUUGCAUUUGAACAAUUUGUCUUUUUGAUUUUGUUUUACGAAUUUAUAUUUUACUUUUAACGACCAUUAUUUGCAAAAAUGAGCAAGUCUAUCGGAAUCGAUUUGGGUACUACCUACUCCUGUGUUGGACACUUUUCCAAUAAUCGUGUUGAAAUUAUCGCCAACGACCAAGGUAACCGUACUACUCCUUCUUAUGUUGCCUUUACAGAUACUGAACGAUUGAUUGGCGAUGCUGCUAAGAAUCAGGUCGCAAUGAACCCACACAACACCGUCUUCGACGCUAAGCGUUUGAUCGGUCGUCGUUACAAUGACGCAGAAGUCCAAUCAGAUAUGAAGCAUUGGCCCUUCAAAGUAGUCAAUAAGGAUGACAGGCCUUUGAUUCAAGUUGAGUAUAAGGGAGAAACCAAGACUUUUACUCCUGAAGAAAUUUCCUCCAUGGUAUUACUAAAAAUGCGUGAAGUUGCUGAAGCUUUCAUGGGCAGUAAAAUUACAGAUGCCGUGGUUACUGUUCCUGCCUAUUUCAAUGACUCUCAACGUCAAGCCACCAAGGACGCUGGUACCAUUGCUGGUAUGAACGUUUUGCGUAUUAUUAACGAACCAACUGCUGCCGCUAUCGCUUAUGGUUUAGACCGUAACACCCAAAGAGAAACAAAUGUCUUGAUUUUUGACCUUGGUGGUGGUACUUUCGAUGUCUCCCUCUUGACCAUCGAAGAAGGUAUUUUUGAAGUCAAGUCUACUGCUGGUGAUACUCACUUGGGUGGUGAAGACUUUGAUUCUCGUUUAGUCAAUCACUUUAUCCAAGAAUUCAAACGUAAGAACAAGAAGGACAUCAGUGGUAAUGCUCGUGCUGUCCGUCGUCUCCGUACUGCUUGUGAGCGUGCUAAGCGUACUCUUUCUUCUUCUUCCCAGGCUAGUAUCGAGAUUGACUCUAUGUAUGAGGGUAUUGACUUUUACACUUCUAUUACUCGUGCUCGCUUUGAAGAAUUGUGUUCUGACAUGUUCCGCAAUACCAUGGAGCCUGUCGAGAAGGUUCUCCGUGAUGCAAAGGUCGAUAAGUCUUCCGUUCAUGAAAUUGUUUUGGUUGGUGGUUCUACUCGUAUUCCCCGUAUUCAAAAGCUUGUUUCGGAUUAUUUCAAUGGCAAGGAACCUUGCAAGUCAAUCAACCCUGAUGAAGCUGUAGCCUAUGGUGCUGCUGUACAAGCUGCCAUUUUAACUGGUGAUACUUCUGAAAAGACCCAAGAUCUCUUGUUGUUGGAUGUUGCCCCUCUUUCUAUGGGUAUCGAGACCGCUGGUGGUGUUAUGACUCCCCUUAUCAAGCGUAACACUACCAUUCCCACCAAGAAGUCUGAAGUUUUCUCUACGUACUCCGACAACCAACCCGGUGUCUUGAUUCAAGUAUACGAAGGUGAGCGUGCUCGUACCAAGGACUGCAACUUGCUCGGUAAAUUUGAGCUUUCCGGUAUUCCUCCUGCGCCUCGUGGUGUUCCACAAAUCGAAGUUACCUUCGACGUUGAUGCCAACGGUAUCUUGAACGUUUCAGCCCUCGAAAAAGGUACUGGUAAGACUCAAAAGAUUACCAUUACCAACGACAAGGGCCGUCUCUCUAAAGAGGAUAUUGACCGUAUGGUUGCUGAAGCCGAGAAGUACAAGGCCGAGGAUGAAGCCGAAGCUAGUCGUAUUCAAGCAAAGAACCACUUGGAAUCCUAUGCUUACUCUUUGCGCAACUCCAUGGAUGACCCCAACUUAAAGGACAAGGUUGAGGCCUCCGACAAAGAAGCCAUUGAUAAGGCUGUCAAGGAGACCAUUGAAUGGCUUGACAGCAACACCACUGCUGCCAAGGACGAAUAUGAGUCCAAGCAAAAAGAAUUGGAGGGUGUUGCUAACCCCAUCAUGGCCAAGGUUUACCAAGCUGGUGGUGCUCCCGGUGGUGCUCCUCCUGGCGCCGCUCCUGGAGCUGCCCCUGGCGGCGACCAAGGUCCUGAAGUUGAAGAAGUCGAUUAAAGUCAUUUUUGUCUGUUAAUUGACGGGAUCUGAAUUAUUUCCUAUUUGAAAAAGGAACUUAAUUCAUAAUGAGCUUGCAUGUUUUUUAUAAUUUAAUAUUUUAAUUUGGUGUGCAAUAUGUUAUUGAUGAUUAUGCCACAGAAUAUUUAUGGGUUUGAUUCUCCUUAGCUAAUGAUUUUUUAAUUCAAUAUGAUUUAUUUUAAAUAGAACAUUUUCGAGAGUC